AUGGACCGCGUAUCAACCCAACCGUUUUUAAUGAAUGUGAGUAUUAAAUAUUAAUGUGCGUAAUAUUGUUAUGUUGUAUAUAUACUUACCGUGACGAUGCGAUUUGAUUACAGAUGGUUAACAUUAUGAUAAGUUUUAAACUCAUCGUGGCUCUUCUCUGUGUGGUGUUUUCUAUACAUAGAAGUAAAGGGUUUUUUAAGUUAAUUGAAGAAUUCAAUGGAUUUGAUUCGUAUACAUUACAACUGUCGUGUCCGUCAGAUUUGAAAGUGCAAACAUUUUAUUUGUUAUACGCUGUAUUAAUUGAAACGUAUUAUUUUGUAAUCUCAGUGAAUUAUUCAUUAUUGAGUGUUUCAAUUUUGGUAUCGUGGACUCUGAUUUCUGUUGCAACAAUGUUGAUGAUGAUACAAUAUGCAGUAUUUGUGAGAAUAUUAAGAGAAAGAUACAAAUGGGCAAAUUAUAUAUUUGCAUGCAGUAAGUAAUACAGCAGUUCAAACAUUUUAAAAUUUUAUCAAACAAUCAAAAUUCAUUUGACUCGGCGGGUACUCAUGAUAUUAUAACUAAGUAAUUUGUUUAACAAAAAAUCGUAAAGUAUAUUGAGGACGGUGAAAAUAUGAUUAAACGUCUGGACUUAAAAGUAAUUUUGUAUAUGUUUUAAUUUUAAUUUUCAUACAAUUCCCACGAAACACUAUUUAAUUUGCUGUUUCCUUACCAUACACACAGCAAAAAAUCCUGUAAAUAUUAUAUAGGUAACGAUUGAACCAAUAAAAAAGAUACGGAUAUACUUCGCACGAUGGAUGGGCUAUUAUUUUAGGUGAGAUGUUGGGAAGAUAGGAUAUAUAUGGGAAUUUAAUGUAUUUAUAUCUGUGCGCAACGAUUACUCUUUGCUAACGAAAAACGAUUCUGAGCAGAGUUCGGUUACACGUGUUUUAAAAGGUCGUUUAUUUAUAUUUAUAAUUUAAAAAUAAUAAAUUUCGUAAAUCGUUCCGUUUUGAUACGUUUUUUUUAUCAUUUAUUAUAAAAAUGUUAAAGCAUCACCCAGCAAGAUUUUCUUUCAGAAAUAGUUCUACACUUGAAAAUUGGGGCACAAUUUCUGGUAGAAAAGUUGUUCAUAGUUAAAAAAAAACAUUAUUGUAACACCAAAAUAAAUAUAACAAUAAACUUUGUCUUGUAUUAUAACGUAGUAGUAAAAUAUUUUCGGGCAAGAUGCUGGUAGUUAUGCUAUAGAUAAUUGAUUAUAAAUUAUAAGUCUAUAAGAUGAUUCAUCGCAUUCAAUAAAAUCACCCCAAGUUAAUUUUGUACUUUGAGUACUUUUGAGUACUAUUGAGUACUUUGAUAACAUAGCUAUAAUUUCUAGAAAAAUGCAUACUAUCGUAAAUGGUUUCUGCAGUGUUAUCUCUAAUUAUUUUCCUCCUAACCUUGGUCUUAAAACUGGAGUGCAAUCGUAUAACCUAAAAUAUUUGUUUUAGUUUUCAUGCACAUAUGAAUUUUAAUAAAUUUGUAUUUAAAAGCUUACUGAUGAAAUGUAAAGAUUCCACUAACAUUAUAUACUAAAAUAUCUACUAACAUAUCUACCUACAAAUAUGCUAUUGUAAUAUUUUUUUAAUUUUCAAAUGAAUCAAACGUGUUGUAUUAAAUGUGGUUGCCUAGACCAAAACCAAGUAUCUACAUAGUUUCACAUUCAUUCAAAAUGUUAACAUAAACUGAUCAUCAUUUAUACACAUUCUAUAAAAAAGUUAAAAAUACUCAAAAACAAAAUAAUAAACAUUGCAAUCAAACAAUAAAUAUACUAUGCAGCUUAAUGGAAAAUGCCUAAAUGUAAAAUGUGCUUUAAAUAUUGUUAAUUUUAUUUUAAUUAAUUGUUAUAAUAUCUUAUUGACAUAAUAACAAAGAUAAACUACCUACUCUACCGGGUUGUAGUCGUCAGGAAUUGAAUUUUUCAAAUUGAUUCCAUUAUAAUGAUCUUGAUCAAUUACUGUUGUAUAUAAGAAUGUUUUUUUUUUUUUUAACGCUGAAUAAAAAUACAAACUCGUACUAAUAAUAAUAUUGUAACAAUAAACGUACAAAAAAUGAAAUGCUGGAUAAACUCCGGUAACAAUGUUGAAUAAUUUGUUUACACUAAAUACUUGAAUUUAUAUUACCCCGACAUACUUAUCUAUACUUAAUUAGUAGGUUGCCUACCCAUAAUUUAUAUUAAUGUCAACCGUUGCGGAUGUAAUUUAAUAUAACGUAAUUUGUAGGUAUAUAAUAGUGUUCGUGAAAAUUGUUUUAAUAUCAUAUUGUUUAUAGAUAUAAAGGAUUCCUGGGCCUGCCCACAGCUUAUGUACCCAAACGAAAUAACAAGUUUGUAUAAUGAACUUCGGCUAUUGACGGAGGAAGUUAAAAACUAUUACGCUUUACACGCUAUAUUAGUUAUUACCGACUCAGUUUUGAUUUUUACCGCAUGUGUAACAGCGAUGACUUUGAACUACACAAACAAAUCAUCUAAGUCAUUAUUUGCUGACAAUUUAUUUCUAAUAUAUUGUUUGAGUAAACUGUUAUUUGUAUUUUUCAUUGUUCGAGAAACCCAUAAUACCAUGCAAGAGGUAAGAGCUUUUGUGGUUAAUAUCGAUUUCAUUUCUAUCAUAUUUUUAUGGUAAUACGUAAUUUAAAAAUAAAACAGAGUUUGUGUAGUUAGAUAUUUUAAAUUAUUAAAUCCAACAUCUGUUGGACUACUCGUAUACUCGAAUGCAGGCACAAAAUUAAGUAUAAUAAUAUAUUCAGAACUAUAUUGUAUACUCAUUGGUACUGGCAUUACAGAAAUCGGCAAUGUUUUUUUCAAAAACCUGUAAAUCAACAUUCUAGUUUCCGUAGACAAAUGGAUUUAUAAAUCCAUAAAGAAAAAAAAAUAUACAUUUUCAAAUAAAAAAAUAAUUUACUACUACGAAAAAUUAUUAGAUUAUUCAUAGAUACCUUCAUAGAUAAAAUUUGUAAUUUGUCAUCGUUAUAAAUCGACGUUAAACGCAUUAUUAGAAUUAGAAUUUAUUAAUAUGUUAAGAUUUUCAUUUCUAAAAUAUUUUCCAACACAGCCUUUAAACAUAUUUAUUUAUUAUAUGAUAAUAAUAAUAUCAUUAUUAUUAUAUAUAUAAUAUUAAUAAUAUUAUUCGUUAGAAACCAACAAUAUGUUCUUUAUUUAUUUGCUUCUUGUUUUAUAAACAGUCAAAAGACAGUUUUUUUGGGGGGAGAGGAGAGGGUGUAUAUAAUAGUUAUUAUGUAGAUAAAAUAUUUUAGUUUAACUAUAUAUACAGCCACAUUAUUUUGAACUUGAAAGAAAGGUAUUAGGUACAUUUGACCUAUACCAUACUUGUUGUAUAUAUGAUUUUUAACAAUUUUGACAAAUUCGUUUUCAACUUUUUAAGAUAAGUAACAUAUUAGGAUAACAGAGUAAUCUUAUUUUACACACAUCAGCUGUUGACAGAAAUAAUAGAGCACUGUGAUUUAUAAUAUUAAUAACAUUCAUAAAAUGUAAUAUUAUAAUGCCAUGUUGUAUUAUGACGUGUCGUUGAUUAGGCAACCAAAUCGACUUGACGGAAUUUAUUAUAUUUUAUUUAUUACACACAGUGCUCAGAUACAGUUCGUUAGCCCAGCAUCGUAACUUGCCAAACAAAUAAACAUUAUUAAAAAAAUGUUAAUAAAUCAAAAUCAAAAUGACAUAAUAUAAAUUCAAUAAAUACGCUUUGAUUCCGAUUAAAAAUAUAGUUUUUUAAUCAGUCUACGAUUUUAUUUAUAGGCGAACAAAACGGUCCUGAUUGCUCACGAAGCCCUCAGCAUCACAACAAACACCGUGGUUAUGAAAGAAGUAAACAAUUAUUAUUACCUUAACUAAUAUAUAUAUAUACGGUGGUAACAGGAUAAAUAUAUUAUUGUAACAAACGUAUUUAAUGAAAAACGUGUUGAUUGUUCUAGUUUGAAGUAUUAAUCAUGACAUGUUGGAAUCAUCCAAUUGUAUUCGACGUGUACGAUUUUUUCAAUUUAGACUAUAAACUUCUUCAAUCGGUACAUAGCAUUAUAAACUAAAUAUAAAUUAAAGAUGAUGUUUUGUUUGAACAUUCCGAUAUGCAUAAUACUAAUAUCAGAUAUAACGUUUAUGAGAAACAAUAAUAGUUUAAAAAUUAGACCGGAGGAGUAAGGAAGGUUAAUAAAUUGCAUAUCAAUUUUCAGAUAAUAAUCCUUCACUAUUUCUAUUUUAAAAAGUAUAUUCAAUAUUAAUGUUAUACAUUUAACAAUGAAUAGAUAAAUAUUCCAUUUUUAAAUCAGAUUUAAAAAUAGGGAGGCGUUUUUAUUUGAAAAUCAAAAGUGGAUAUGUGUUUAUAAUGGAGUACGGAAUAAGGGUAAAAUCUUAAAAAUAGGUAUUAGUCAAACGAUUUUAUAAUAACUGAAAAAACAAAAACAAAACUCAUUAAAAAAAAUCACCCUGUGCCUAAUCUUGAGUCAUGUAUGCCUUCAUCUAGAGUCUUAGAGGUAUUGAACUAUUGUGUAGGUAGGUAAUAUUAUUAUGUUCAAUCAUCAUUCGCACCUAACACAUACCAAAUAUAUUAACGCGAUAUAAAUUACAUUAAAGUUAAUUUUAAUUUCUUUAUAGAUUAUCGCAGCAGUUGUUACUUAUUUAGUGGUAUUGAUUCAGAUACAGUUAGCGAUUUCUAGUGCAUAAAAAGUGUAAAUUCAAUGUAGGAUGGCAAAUGAAAACGAAACACAUAAUUAUUGUAUUUAUAAAAGUAUAAUUUUAUCUUAAGUGUGUAUUAUAAUGUUUGUAUUUUCUGAAUGAAAACAAUUCAAAAUAUACUUAACCGUAAUUAUAUAAUUGCAGAUUUAUUAUAAAGUUUCGGAGUAUGUUUGAAUAUAAAAAUCUUGAAAUUCCUUUGGUAUCCUAAUUUUUUGCUAUUGAGUUACUUAGAGCAAGAAAUGUAUUGGUUUUACAAUGAUGUUUAUUUUUGUUAUUUUUUUUUUUAUGCUGUGUACAAAAAUUCUAUCAAAAAUCUUGUUCUGAUGUUUUUGUAUGAAUUGUAGCACUUUUUCUGGAAGAGAAUUUCAUUUUUUUAGUACUUUAAUGAGGUCAUUUUUUGAUUUUCCGAGCACUUUGGGAUGGUUAGGUUGUGAAAAUCGGAAAAAUUUAUGAAAAUAAUGAUUUUAUUACUUUUAAUUUUGUUUUUUUGUUGUAAUUCAUUUUAAAAUACUGGCAACUUUGUAAUACUUUGUGGAUACAAUUGUUUAGCCAAAUAGAAAUACUUCAACAUUUAACAGAAGAUCCAGUUGUACUUUGUGGUUAACAAGAAAAAGUUGAGUUUAAUGUAGUAUUUUUAUUUAUAAGAAUUUCAGAAUCAAAUUUUUUUUAAAAAAAUCAUAAAUAUUACGGCCUUUUUAAACAAGUGUAGUAGAACUCCGCUCAGAAUUGAUUUUCGUUAGCAAUGAUUAACUGUUUUAUAUAGAUAUGUAUUAAAUUCUUCUCUAUAUCCUAUUUUCCUAACUUCUUAUGUACAACAAUGACGCACCCAUCGUGGGAAGUAUGUCCGUCUUUUUAGAUUUGUUUUGUCCAUCCUUUCUGCGUCUGGCUAACACGCUAAUCUUUUAUAGGUGUUUUGUAAAGCAGGUAGUCUCUACGCACCUCUUGUAUUAUAUUAUCUCUAUUAUAAUAAACGACGGCAGCAGUGGUGUAGCAAUGUUAACACAGAACCGUUACUGAAAAAAGUAGUGUUUAGUGUAUCGUCGCGUCACUCCUGAGUAUAAUUUAGUUUUUGAUAUUAUAUAUUAUGUAAGUAUUAUGUAAAGACUAACUGUUUCGCCCGGCCUUACCUUGACCACUUUUUUUGUUCGAUCAAAUUUUUUAGUCUACAAACUUCCAGUACAAAAAUACAGCUGUCACACCAGUGCGUUUGUCCACGACUACACCCAUGUGCAGUUUACACGCCUGUACACUGUACAGUUUAGUGUCUGUUUAUACCCCUAUUUUGCUCCAAAACAAUGUCUACUGGAAACCUCCCGUCGCAAAGCUUUUCGAUUUUCCCGGGAACCAACUGUUUCAAUUAAUGGGUUCCCAUUAA